GCGAUCCAUUAGUUUAUGAUUAAUCUGCGAUGCAUCUGGCAUGUAGCUUUAUAUCCUCUCAAGCUUAGUUGAUUUUUGUCAAUUUUUCUGAACUGUGUUACGUCCAACGUGUACUCAAACCUUGAAAAUUUGUUUGUUCAUUCUCCGAAUUAAAUACGGCGAUCUUAAAGUAACAAGAAGUGUUUUAGUGGCAAAAAUAAUGACAUAAAUCCAUGGUGUGCGCGUUCCGACAUAAACGUGGGAGAGGAGAGGAAGAGAGAUGUGUUGGUGGAUGAAUUACUACAAUUUGCUUAAUAGCUAAUAGACUCGGUUUCUUCGUCUUUUCUUUUUUUUUUUUUCAAUUUGUUUAAGCUUUGAUAUACUCGAAUGGGAAAGAAUGGUGUCGUAGACGAUCGAAUUUGUGAAAGAGGUGUACACGAUGGUGUGGAUUACGUAGAAAUAACCCAGAUGUGACGGCUAAGCGCGAAUCCCGGACCUUGCGCACCAAAGUGCGGCGCUUUAGCCACGAUCGUGAACAACCGUGCGUUUAGACUUGAAAAAUUUCUGGUAUGCUUUUCAUGAUUUGUUCACGAUGUUCUUACAUGUGACGAUACUGCCAUAUCUCACCGUAGGAUUGUUAGGAGUUACAUUAGGACACGAUGUUAAAGGUUCAUCAGUUUGUGAAUUUUACAAUGAAACGAUGUGUGCAGAAUCCCAGCAGGGAUGCUCGGGAAGAGAAGAAUGUGGGCAACAUGAUCCAGGAAAAAGAAAUCAUUGCUAUGUAUUGUGGCAGAUUGACAAUGUUACUAAAAAAUCUAUAAUUAAAUUAAAGGGAUGCUUCCUGGAUAGCAAUGAUUGUUAUGACAAGCCACACUGUAUUGAAAACAGUGCAGAAAGAAAAAAGGAAUUAUUUUUCUGUUGUUGCGAUGGUAAUAUGUGCAAUCAGAAUUUCACAUGGGAGCCUCACCCAACUUCUUCUUCUAAACCUGUUCAAACUUCUGUCUUUCAUGAAUUGGAACCCGUUCCAAAUACAGAGCAACAAAUAAUAACACUUGUUUUGUCAAUAUCGAUACCUAUGCUCUUACUUGUUAUUAUAUUGCCAUUCUUAUAUUGGUGUUACCGACGUCGGAAGUCGGGAUAUUUCAACGAGGUUUGGAAGGCAUAUGUACCAACACUAGAACCUCUGCCAUUACCGCAACCCUCUCCUAAUUUGGGUUUGCGUCCGAUACAAUUGCUUGAAAUAAAAGCUCGUGGUCGUUUUGGAGCUGUAUGGAAAGCUCAGUUGAAAAGUGAAAUUGUUGCUGUUAAAGUAUUUCCAAUACAAGAUAAACAAUCCUGGCAAACUGAACAAGAAAUUUUUAAACUUGCUCACAUGGAUCAUGAAGAUAUCUUACGUUUCAUAGGCGUUGAAAAGAGGGGUGACAAUUUACAAGCUGAAUUCUGGUUAAUCACUGCAUACCAUGAGAAAGGUUCAUUGUGUGAUUAUUUGAAGGCAAAUGUUGUUACAUGGCCUGAGAUGUGUAGAAUAGCAGAAUCUAUGGCAAGGGGCCUGAUGCACUUGCAUGAAGAAAUUCCAGCCAAUAAAGCAGAUGGAUACAAACCUGCUGUGGCUCAUAGAGAUUUUAAGUCAAAAAAUGUUUUGCUUAAAGCUGAUAUGAGUGCUUGUAUAGCAGAUUUUGGUUUAGCACUAAUAUUUCAUCCUGGGAAACCUUGUGGAGAUACCCAUGGACAGGUUGGAACAAGAAGAUAUAUGGCUCCAGAAGUUUUAGAAGGAGCAAUUAAUUUCACAAGAGAUUCAUUUUUACGAAUCGACAUGUACGCCUGUGGUUUGGUGCUCUGGGAAUUAGCUUCGCGAUGCACAGUGCAAGAUGGACCAAUUGGGGAAUAUAGAUUACCAUUUGAGGAUGAAGUAGGUCUUCAUCCCACUUUGGAAGAUAUGCAAGAAAGUGUUGUGCAUAAAAAAGAAAGGCCAAUUAUUUUAGAAACAUGGCGUAAACAUCCCGGACUACAAUCAAUAUGUGACACAAUGGAAGAGUGCUGGGAUCAUGAUGCUGAAGCACGUCUUUCAGCUUCUUGUGUAAUGGAAAGAGUUGCUACAUUGAGUAGGACGCUUGUUUUAAAUUCAUCGACGUUAAUACGAGUUGAUAAUACCAACGAGACUAUUACCACUAAGGAGUCUACAGCACACAGUUUUCUCAAGGAAAGUGAUUCUCUAAUUAUUACAUACAUGACCCAGCUUUGAAGUAAGUCUUGCAUCCAGUACAUUCACGGUGGAUAUGUAAGAGAGGUUACAUAAUUAUAUUGAAUAUAUAAUUAUUAUCUAUUAUUUAUAUGCUGAAAAUAGUAAAGGAAACGGAGCAUCUUGCUUGGACCAAUUUUUUACAAUAUAUAUAAUUUUUUAUGAUGUAUAUCAUUUAGUUAAAGAAUAUUUUCACUAGAUUCAGUAUUCAAUAUUUUAGAUAAUAUUGCUUUUUACAUUAUAAUUUCUUCCAAGUUUAUUAUAUUGAAGACUGUGUACAACAAGGUUGCACAAUUUUUGAACUUUUAUUCAUUCUAUAAUGAUAAUUAUAACUACAAUAUAAAACUAUUUUUUAAAAAAUAAUGGUUAUUCAAGAUGCACGUUUCGAACGGUUCAUUUAUAUAUUUAAAUAAUGAUUUGAAUGUUCUAAACAAAUGAUUUCUUUUACUUGCUCUGAAUUAUUUUAAUUAAAAGGAAACAAAGUUGUAUUACAAAUCAAAUCUAUGCUAUAAUCUUUCAUUUUGUGAAUAGUCAAAUCUUUGGGCUUAAUGAAAGUUGAUGCAAUCAAGAUCGCAUUAUACAAACUGUGAUAAUAAGUAUGAGAUUUAAGUAUUGUAAUAAUAAAUAAGGUCUAUCUAUUUCAAACAUUUCCCAUAAUUCACAAUUAUAAUUUCUCAGAGCAAGUAGAAGAUAAACAGAUUGUUUGAUACUGGAUUUUAGCAGUGCCAAAAAUAUAUGCACACAUUAUAGCUUCAUCUUUGUAUAUUAAUUUGUAGCUAGAUAAGAAACUGAAAUCGGUAACAUGUACCUAUUAAUAUUUAACAUACGAUGUUAUAAAUAGAAAAUUAACCUAUAAUUGAUUAUGUAGUAUUUUUUUUAUUUUAUUUUAUGAAGAAAGAAGUUUCUGUAUAAUAUUCAUCUUUGCAAUAUAAUUAGGGUAAUAUUAAAUGAUCAAAUGAAUUAUAAUUUGUUUAACAGUUAUACCAUUUAUCACACAAUUUCAUUAGUGAAAAUCAAUUAUGGGUUAAUUACUACAUUAGAAUUUAAUAAAUUUUUGGACUUUUACAUAUCGAAAAGCAGAUGACUGCAUUCAUGGAGAAAUUUUUUAUUUGAUAUAUGCUGUAUAUGCUGCGAAUUUUGUUUGUAAAAAUUGUGUAAUAGGAAUGUUCUAAUCUUACACAUCAUUGCUAAUUGUUAUAUAAUUAUGUAAUUCAAUAAUAUCUUUGUGUAAAAAGUUAGGAAGCAAUGCAUUUGACACAGAAAUCAGUCUGUUCACAUAAUAUGAAUAAAACGAUUAAUCGAUAAUAAAGAAAAAGCGAAUAAUGUUUACAAUUUUAUGCUGUUAAGCAUGUACUAAUUUUAAGGGAGUGCAAUGAUGAAGUAAUAUUUUGAAACACCUUGUAUAUAAAUAGAUAAUCAUAGACAUGCAUACAGUGCAUUACAUUAAAUUGUUUAUCUUUUAUUGAAUCAUCCCAUGAAUAUAUACAGAAGUUAGGUUUAAUACUGACAGUACCGCAAUGGCAUUCCAGUCUAUAUUGUAUAUUAAUGUAAAUUAAUAUUAUGAUUUCAGACUUUUAGAAAUUCUUGAUGUCGUCACAUCUCAAUAUAAAUUAAGAAAUUUAUUCUUAAUAUUUUGUUAUUUAAAUUAUUUUUUUGUUAUCUGGUUAAUAUUUUUGAAUUUAUUAUCUAAUUCUACAUAAAAUUACUAAAAAAUGUUAUAAAACAUUUGAAAAAUUAUCAUACUUCAUGACAAUUUUUAUUUAAAUAAUGUUGAUUUUAUCAUUUAAUUAUACACUCAUUAGCCCAAUGCAGAAGUUUCUUCAUCUUUAAAUAUCUAUUAAAAUCAUAUUUGUAAACGUCUUUUGUAGUAUUAAAAUGUCAAAAUACUUCCGAUACCGUAAUUCGUUUCAUAUUAUAAAUGGCAUACACAUGUCAUUUAAUUCUAAAUCUGCUUUUAGUAUUGUUGUUACUACUAAUAUAUAAUUGUGAGUAAUUCAUUGCAUAAUACAUUUUUGAAACACUCUAUUUCAUUAUGUAUUUUUUUAUUUGAAUUACAUUGUAUUAUAAAUAAACUAAUCAGACAUUUAUAUCUGUAUUCAGUUUAAGAUAGCAAAAAUUGUAAAUAGAAUUUAGUAAAACGUAAUUUUUAGAAAUAAGAUCAUUAAAGAAAAAAGUAAUUUCUUAUAAUUUAAGUAUAAUAUGACUCAUAGCAAUAGAAUGUUCCUAUGCACAUUGAAUGUAACUGUUUUCAAAAUCAUAUUAUGUAGUAACAGAUUUUUGUAACGUUGGCCUGACAAAUUUUUAUACAGAACAAAAUGUUAUUUCGUGCGAUGAACGAAGUAACAGAUGAAAUAUAUCAAUUCUAACAAAAAAUAAUUUUCACAAAAUUGUAUGCAAGGAGUGUUAAUUAUAGAAAAAGUUCCUCAGAAUAUGAAACGAUCAUGGUAUCGAUCAUAGACAUUAACAUUAUAGGAGAGGGAAUAAAAAAAAGCGGUGCUUGGAAAAAUAAUAUAAUGUAACAUUCUUUAAUAUCUAAACAUGUAGAUAACUUCGCCUUUGUUUUAUAAUAAACUAGCGUUAUUAAUGUGUUAGGAAUGAAAA